AUGAAUGAUCAAGUCGCUUCCUUAACUUCACGAGGACUAUCAGCAGCUUGUGUUGGAGGUGAAUCAGAAUGCAGUCCAGAUCAGAUACGAGAAAUUUGUGAAGGCAAAUACAAGAUCGUAUUUGGAACUCCCGAAGCACUGCUUAAUAACCAUCGUGGUAUAUUCCAAAGUCCUCUUAAGAAGCAUUUGAAAGCCGUAUUUAUUGACGAAAGUCAUUGCAUUGCAAAAUGGUAAGCUUUUAUAUUACUAGCUUUUCAGAUAGACUUGCUCCAAAUCUGCCUCUAGUUGGAUGUUUUAUAGUAUAAAUUACAAAAUGAAAAACACAUUAUACCAAGUGAACAUCAUAUCGCACAUAUAUAUAUAUAAAUACAUAAACAGCCUCUUAAAUUGACAUAGAGUUUGACCGGAGUUCCUAUGGCUGUGUAUAAAUAUUUUAUUAGCAGACUAGUAGUGCAAAUUCAUAUCUUUAAUAUUAAAUAAAUACUAUAUCAACUUUUUUAAGGGGAACCAAUACCAAAACUGAAGAAGCCUUUAGAAAAGACUAUGGACGGCUUGGGGAACUUAGGUCAUUGUUGAACCGUAAUGUCCCAUUCAUAGCAUUGACUGCUACGGCAACACCAGAUGUGAGAGCAAUUAUUGUGAAAGAUCUAACCAUGAGAGACUGUGUUAGGAUUAUCAGUGAUCCCAACAAGCCGAAUAUCAGGUAUGCAGUUAUUGAGACUGAUCCAAGUGAUCUAUAUGGAACAUUUGGUCAUAUUAUUGAUGACAUUCGGAAGAAUAAUAUAAAAGCAUCAAAAGUGUUAAUUUUUUGUCGUAAAAAGAGCAUGUUAAGGACCUGUAUGAGCUGUUCAGCGAACAUUUGGGUACACAUGCCUAUUACCGACCAUCUGACCAAGAACCAGUUGAUGAUAGAUCGAAGAUUUUUGCAAUGUACCACAAAAAAACGCACAAACUGGUAAAGUCAACAAUUGAAAGGGAAUUUUGUGAAGAAGAUGGUAUAGUUCGUGUUGUGUUUUGUACCAUUGCAUUUGGAAUGGGUGUGAAUGUUAAGGGUGCACAUCUUGUUAUUCAUGUUGGACCAUCUGGUGAUUUGGAUGAUUACCUCCAAGAGUCUGGUAGAAUAGGACGAACAGGGAACCAAUUAAAUCAUGCCAUUCUUUUGCGUUACAAAGGAUGCACUAGAAGUAAGAAUAUAACCAAACAAAUGAAAAAUUAUGUAACUAACAUAUCAGAAUGCCGACGAACUUUGUUGCUUAGACCAUUUUCAUGCACCACAGAAGCAAGUUCUACCUCUAGUAUUGCAAAACAUUGCUGUUGUGAUGUGUGUGCAGAAUCCUGCAGAUGUGUAUGUAUUUGUGGUACAAGUGUUGACUGUAAAUGCAACAACUUUUGUCCCAAACAACAGUAUCAAUCAAUUGCAGAAAUAGCAAUUCGAACAGUACAUGCUGAAAAGAACAGUGUUAAUACGACAACAUAGAAAAUAGUGAAUGUUGUCACUGAUGAGCAGCUGGCUUGUCUUCAGAACUGGCUUAUCGGUCAGAACUGGCACAGAAUUGUUGUCACGAGAAGCUAUUAACCGGACUUGAUUAUGCAACAGGUUAUUCAUCCAUGCUAGUCAAUGACAUUCUGAAAAAUAUUAAGUAUAUUGAGAGCUUGCAAUCACUAAAGAGUCAAUUCUUCUUUUACAAUGAUGAACAUGCUGUUAAAACUUGGGAGAUUAUCUGUGAUGUUUUGUCGCUUGUCACUGAACAAGUCACUAGUUCUAAUGAGACCAGUUCCAUUGCUGUUGCAGGUAAUAAUGGGGAUGCCAGUGAGAGUGCUAGUGAUUGUGACAGUGAAGACAGUAACAUUAGUAUUGCAGAAAGAACA